UUUAUCAAAUUUUACUUUUCAGUCAUUCGCGAGAUUUAAUCACUAUUAAUCAUUCUGGUCGGUCUGCGUUUAGAAAAAUCGGAAUCAGAUGAAGCUGUUGGGUGAAUAUAAGUGAAAAUAAUUGGUUAUUUAACUACAAAUAGUGUAGUAAGAAUAUUGUGCUGUUAAAAUGGAAGUUUUUCAAACCGAUAAUUUUUACAUUUUCGUAAAACGCGAAAAGAGUUUGUGGUGGCAUCGUAAAACUUCUGAGUUUACAAUUAAAGCAGGUUGGGACUUAUCCUCAGUGGAUGAUAUUGAGUGUAUUGGUAUUACACAUGGUAUUGUGGGCGUUAUCAGUUUACCAAACGUCUACGAACCGCAUUUGGUGAUAGUCAAAGAGGCAACUCCCGUCGGCGUACUUUAUGCACCGAGUUUAGUGUAUAAAAUUAAAUCGAUCUGCAUUUUAAGCGCCGAUGAACCCGACACAGUAUUGACAUCAUGCACAAGGCACUCUAGAAGCGCUAAUAGCACGCCCACACACCGACCAUCAUCGAAUACUUCCGCUUCAGGCAGCACCAACAACACCAGCACCUCCAACACGAAAACGAAGCUUUUUGAAGGAGCGCAGCUGAUGAACAAAACAUGGGGUGCUGUAAAAAAUGCCGGCAACACUAUUAAGAAUACCACUCAACAAGCUGCUGCUUUGGCGUCUAAUCAGAUGAAGUCUUCUGUGGGUAUACGCGACCCAUCGCGUAUUGUAAAGCGUAUCACGGAGGAGUUGCACAAGAUAUUUGAUGAUACCGAUAGUUUCUACUUUAGUUUGGACAGCGACAUUACUAAUAAUUUGCAGCGACAGGGUGCUGGCGGUGAACAAAGGCAACAAUAUGAUGAACGUUUCUUUUGGAAUAUGCAUAUGAUUGCUGACAUAAUGAAGUUCAAAGACAAUACAUGGGUAUUGCCGAUUAUACAAGGAUUCGUGCAAGUGGAACCUUGCGUGAUAGGUAAUGAAUGCUUUACAUUGGCGCUGGUAUCGCGCAGGUCACGAUAUCGCGCUGGCACUAGAUAUAAGCGACGUGGCGUGGACGAGCAGGGUAAUUGCGCUAAUUAUGUCGAAACGGAGCAAAUACUAUCUUUUCGUCACCAUCAUUUGUCAUUCACACAGGUACGUGGCUCAGUACCCAUCUUUUGGAGUCAGCCAGGCUAUAAGUACAGGCCACCGCCACGUUUGGAUAGGGGUGAACAAGAAACGCAGGAGGCAUUCGAACUGCACUUUACCAAAGAAAUAUCGCUAUACGAUGGCGUUUGCAUUGUCAAUUUGGUUGAGCAGAGCGGCAAGGAGAAAUUGAUUGGGGACACUUAUGCAAAGCAUAUCGUAAAAUACAAUAACGAUCGUUUAACAUAUGUAACUUUUGAUUUUCACGAUUACUGUCGUGGCAUGCGUUUUGAAAAUGUUUCAGCGCUUGUCGAAGCGCUUGCUCCCGAAGCAGGAGCUAUGGGCUUUCAUUGGCGUGAUCAGCGUGGUGUUAUUUGUAAUCAAAAAUCAGUAUUUCGUGUUAAUUGUAUGGAUUGUUUGGACCGCACAAAUGUUGUAGAGACGGCAAUAGGCAAGGCUGUGCUGGAAUCGCAGCUGGUCAAGUUGGGGUUAUCGCCACCAUAUACACCGAUACCGGAACAACUAAAAUCGCCAUUUAUGAUACUUUGGGCCAACAAUGGUGAUAUAAUUAGCCGACAAUAUGCGGGCACAAAUGCGCUUAAGGGGGAUUAUACGCGCACCGGAGAACGGAAAAUAAGUGGCAUGAUGAAGGACGGUAUGAAUUCGGCGAAUCGUUUCUUCAUUCAAAAUUUCGCUGAUUCCUUCCGGCAAUGUAUAAUUGAUUUAAUGCAAGGCAAGCUGGUCGAAGCCGAUCAACUGAAUGAGGAUGAAGUUAUGAAGACCAUAUUAUGCAUUCUCUGCCCGUCUGCACCGGCGCCAAUACGCGGAUACUAUCACGCCGGUGUGCUCGGUCCGGAAUUGCAUUUUCUGGAAAAUAUCAUAAACGCAAGUUAUUAUCUCGCGCGUUUUAAAGAUUCUUAUCGUCAAGCCACCAUCGAUCUCAUGCUCGGAAAUCAAGUUUCCGCCGAGUCAUUGAAUGCUUUGGGAGGUCAGUCAGUGCCUGACGAAACCGACGCUCUAGAGGGUGCAGAGCAAGCCAAGUUACUUGUAGAUGAUUGCCGUCGUCUACUGCUCGGUUCAGCACAAUAUCCUGUGGGUUCGUGGGGUCUGAUCGACGCUGAUCCAACUACUGGUGAUCUAAAUGAAACGGAUGUCGAUACUGUGCUGUUGCUCACCGAUGAUUGCUAUAUUGUGGCCGAAUAUGACUCAUGUUUGGAUAAGAUUGUCCGUUUCGAAAAAGUCCAAUUACAGAAUAUAACGCUAAUAGAGUUGGGCAUGUAUCAGCAAACCAAAUUGUUUCAAGGCUCUGCACCAGCUUUGCUCUGUUUGAGGCUCAACUAUACUGUGGAUGGAGUGGACGGCUAUUUCCACAUGUUUCGUUCUGCCAAUAUACGAUUCUUUAAUAAUAUGGUUUACGUUAUCAAAACACAGGAAGAAGUUAUGGAAUCCCUUAUGUCCAUUGUUGAUAUGAUCCGCAUUGCCCUUGAUAAUAUCGGCAAGUCAGAUGUGCGUUUAAUCACUGGAGGUGUUUUGCAGCGUCGCAAAAGUAGAAAUCCCAUGUUAGAAGUACCAAAGGGUAUGCCGCGCAAUCUCUCCGAAUCCCAACUCGUGCAAAUCAGCUCAAAGGCAAUCUCCAAUGUUGCAGGUCAAUUUUCCAAAUUGGGACAGUCACUUAAUCCGAAUAAAAACAGAAAUGCCAACACCGACAACAACAUACAGAAACAGUCAAACGAAAUAGCCAAAAUCAAUCCACAGGUUAUGCGUCAGUCCCAAACGUCAAUCGAACAUGCAGAGGAAGCGGAGAAAGCCACGUUUUCGCUGGGACGUGCACAGCGCAAUUCUCAUAGUAGUACAGACACCGAUGAGAACGACAGCAGUAUUUAUGAACCCGAACUGGAUUCGGAUGUAGAUUUUGCGCUCGCCACACCUAAUAAGGUUGCUGCUGGGAAGUCGGGUUUCAAUGAAAACGAUUUUUUGCCCUCAGUUGGCAUUGUAAUGGGAAAUGCACAUGAUGGCGAACAGUCCACAGUGUCCGACGACAACUUGGAUCGUUUAGUGCAGCGGGAUAGCAUGGCAAAAAAUAGUGAAGAUGUGAACACCAUUUCGAUAUCGUCGGUAACCGAUCACGUUACCAUGCCGACGGGAUUGCUGGAGAAUGCACAACCUGUGCGACCUAUAACGCCAAAUCCGCAAAUUUGUGUGCAAUCUGAAAUAGAGGAGCAGACUGCAGCGCAACGUGCCAGUGGAGCGGCCAAAGAUCUCAACCUACCAUUGGGUAAUAUCACGGCCGAUUCUAGUAAGUUAAAGCAAUUGGCAAGCCCGUUAUCUCGUACGAUGGCGGUUAGUCCCUUGUCGAAAUUGGCCAAAGGUAUGCAAAACAUUGGAUUGAAUUUGGAUCCACGUAAGAUUGCCUCAAAGACAGGUGUAUUGUCACCAACGAGCACUUCAGCUGACAGCACGCCGUCAUCGGAACGGCAAAGUAGUCGUGCACAAUUGCAGGAGCUAUGGGCGGAGCAGCAAUGUACUACCAAGUUGAUUGCAUUGUAAAGGGAAAUACCAAAUAACAGGGAAUAGUU